CUUAUUUAAAAUCAGCUGCAUUAUACAAUGCUGUAAAUUUAGUAUUGUCAGAAAAAAACAAGCCUCUUUCAUUUUUAAUAAAUAGUAUGCAACAUGGCAAAUAUACUUAAUGAAAACUUUGAUUUGCUAAAGCAAUUGUUUACAGAGUGUUUGGAAGCAAAAAACAGCAAUAAGGAAACGAAAGCUUUGGAUUUAGAGGAGAAAAUUAAAUCGGGAUCUUUGCUGUUUGUAUUGAUCAAAAAGGUUAACCGGCUGGUCAAGUACAAAGUACGUUCGGGUCGUGAAGAGUUGCAAGCUCAAAAGACGCUGGUGGAUUGUAAUCGCCUACAUUUACAGAAUCUUCUUUAUGAGGUCAAUUACCUCAAGCGUGAAAUCAAACAAUGCUACAAAUUUAAAAGUCAAGAUGAGGAUAUUGACAUCUAUGAACCGCCAGAAACUAAGAAUAUAUCUUCUGAAUCCCAUUUAAGUCACAAGGAACGUAUUUCUCGUUUAGAAAGGGAGUUAAACCUUAGGAAACAGUUGUCCAACGACUGCACCAUGUUAUUGAAUGAAAAGGCCAAAGUCUUCCAUGAAAUUAUUCUCAAAAUGGAAAACCUUUCGACCUUCGCACCCUCUUUGCGAACAUUACUUAAAGCAACGCGUCCCUUACAGGAUGCUUUACAAUUGCCCAUCGAACAAAAAUGGAAGUUGGAGAAUAAGGUGCAUAUGCUACCACAAAACCUUUAUUUGACUUAUGUGAAUUUGCGGGCCAUCGAACUUCUUGAGGGUAUCGUUAAAUUGUCCGUUGUAGGCCAAGAAGACGAAGCCAAAGAAUAUGAGGCCAAAAUUAUUCAAAAGAAAACAGAACAGCUGGAACAGUCAUUUCUUUUGAAGCCUCAUCCUCUUUCUCUGCAAAUAAAGAUAGCACACGAUGAAUCGGCAGAUGACUUUGUGGUUGUUGACAUUUACUUUUUACCCCUACUUAUGAUAGCUACAGCACACUGUGAAAUUCAUUUAAAUGAAAACAGUGUAAAUUUGAGUGAAACCAAUUUGCUGCAGGAUUUUUUAAAAUUUGUAAACGAUGAUGACUUGGGAGAAUCUUUGCCCUAUUCUGAAACUAGUUUAAAUUUGCAGAAGCAUAACAUCAAUCUGGAGGAGUUCCAAAAAAAUCUUUCGAAAAAUAACCUGGGUAGACCAUACCAAUGGUUACAAAAAAUGAUUGGAAACUCUUCGUUUAACAACACACGCUGUAACGAUAUGCAGACCCAGAAGCUUAAAGACUUUACUUUAGAAUGCGUCAAAAGAAUACGCAAUUACUUUCACAUUCGUUUUAAUUUAAUAGCUCAAAUCCGAGCUUUUAUGAAUAAAAACAUUGACGACUGCAUCAAUGAUAAGGGAAAUACAGUGAAGCCCAACUGCACAUUGGUUCAAUGGUCGGCCGUAUCAUGGGAGGAGUAUGAGAGCUCACAAACAACUAUGCCAUUUCUCAGUCAAAAAAUGGUAGACUCAAAUUGUAGUUUCUUCCGAGCUGUAAUUGUUUUAAGCUCAGCGAAAAUGGAAUGUUUGAUAAGCAUAUCAAAUAAGUAUCCAUUGAAUGUUCCUUUAUGGGCAAUAACAGUACAUUGGAAUGGUCACCAUAAUGCUCUGAAUAAUUCUUCCAUUAAGAUUAUGGAAAACUACACAAAUUCCUUUAAAGACAGUAAGCCAAUGACAAACUUAUUGGGACAUCAAUUGCUACGUACCAUGUACAGUUUUGAUAUUUUCCUAGAAACUGAAGGCCCUCUAUAUCAACCGUUAGAGUACAACAAGGAGAAGAGUUUUAUUAAAUCUUUUUCAAAACGUAUACGCAUGCGUCCCUACAAACGUAUAAUAAGAGGUUCAAUAAAUUAUUUUAAACAAUAAAUUUUAAAAAUUCGCUAUUAAACGGAAUUACAGAAAAGGAUUAAAAUACAGAUUCAAAUUUCUUAUAUAUUUAUAA